AUGGGUCUCGCCAUGGCCAUGAACCUCCAAACUCAUCUAUCUCAAACCGGUGCCCCCUCUCUCCACUUCUACAACCGUACCCCCGCUCGCGGGCAACCACUCCUAUCCAUCGGCGGGACACAAAGCCCUAGUAUCCGGGACUUAAUCCUCGACGUCGACAUAUGUUGCAUCGCUGUUAGUAAUGGUGAUGCUGUCACCUCCAUCAUUAAUUCCGUUCUGGAGGUUCCUGGGGUAGACCUCCGCGGGAAGAUCAUCGUGGACACGUCGACUAUCUCGCCGGAUACGUCGUCGUGGGCGCAGCGCCCGAUCGCGAAAGAGGGAAAGCUUCUGUUCAUUCUCGCCGGGCAUGAGGAAGGGGUCACGACCAUCGAGCCUUUCUUGGUUGGCGUGUUGGCGAGAAAGACGUUGUAUGUGGGGGAAGAUGCUGGGAAGGCUAGCUUGCUGAAGACCACAGGCAAUUUCCUGACCGCAGGCUUCAUGGAGCUGAUUGCCGAGGCGCAUGUUCUUGCGGAGAAGACUGGGCUUGGGAAUGAGGCGCUGGAGUCCCUGAUGGAGCACCAAUAUGGACCGCUUCCGUUUGCCAUGUCAAAGCGCUUGACCGGGGGGGGGCUUUAUCUUCCAGAAAAAGGGGAACGGCCGUGGUCAGAUCUGCAGCUGGCAAUCAAGGAUGUAGGGUUGGGCGUAGAGUGUGCAGAGAAGGCCGGGACGAAUUUGCCUAUUGCUGACGUUGUUUUGAAACAUCUCGAGGAGGCGAGACAGUAUGGCGAAAUGAAUGAUAGGGCGUUGGAUUCGUCCUCGAUGUAUGGGGUGUUGCGGGAGCGUGCGGGGCUUGGUUUUGAAUCCGAGGUGGUGAAGAGGAGGGAUGGGUGCUGGUCGAGGUGA